AUGCUAAUCGGUGGCGGCAUCCUCAUUGGCACGACCUUGGCGACCAUCUCCAUAGUCCAAUCCAUUCCAUCCGAAGUUCUGCCCAUGAAGUAUCGAGCACUUGCCAAUGGACUUGCAGGAUUUGCUGGAACCAUGGGUGGUCUUGUUGGUGGCCUGGCAGCUGGUGCAGUGGCAAAUAUCAGCCCAACAGGAUGGCGAUACAUUUUCUGGAUCCAACUUGCGCUACACGGCUUCACCGCGCUUGGUCUUUUCACUCUGUACUGGCCGAAGAAACGUUUUGACUACCAACGCUUGAGCUUCAAGCAAUGGACUUGGGCAUGCGACCCGAUCGGCUGCUUCCUCAUCAUCGUUGCUGCAACGCUUUUGUUACUCUCGCUCAACUGGGCUGGUGGUGCUUACAAAUGGAGCAACCCGCAUGUCUAUGCUAAUCUCGUGGUCGGGAUCAUUUUCCUCGUCGCCUUCUGCAUGUAUGAGUGGAAGGGAAGAUCUGAUGGGAUUGUUGCGCAUGUCUUCUUCUCCAGUGGCCCAAACUUUUGGCUGUCAACACUCGCCUUCACGGUCGAAGGAUGGAUUUACUACUCUGCGGUCAACGCUAUCACACCUCAGAUCAUCCUCAACCUGGGCUUUGAAGAUAACUCCUGGGACAUUGCCAUCAGGCAACUGUCUUACAAAAUACCAUCAGCCGUGGUUGCUGUCAUAGUCUCGUGGUAUGCGACAAGGUUCAAGGAUUUGAAAACACCUCUUGUGGUGACCUUUGGCAUAAUGCUUGUUGCAUCUAUUUGUUAUGCUUGCAUUAGACCAAGCUGGGACAUUCCUCAAAUCGUCUUCACUGUUCUCACUGGUAUCGGCUGUGCUGGUCCACUUACACUGCUUGUUGCAUGCGUACAGUUCACAGCACCACACGCCUUCCUAUCGACCGCGACUGGCUUAGCAUUUUCAGCGCGUGCCAUCGGUGGCGCCUUCGGCACAGCAGUCAUUUACGCAGUCAUUAACUCUCGCAUCGCAACACACUACGCAUCCGACGUCGGCGGCGCAGCAGUUGCCGCAGGACUGCCUCAAUCAUCUGUUGCCGCUCUGCUAAAGGCUAUGAAGGGCGCUACAGCUACUACCGCCAAAGGUCAGGGCGUGCCGGGUGCGAAUGCGGAAAUCAUGAGAGCUGCGUGGCAGGCUAGUUAUUGGUCGUAUGCACGAGCGUACAGGCUUGGAUGGUGGAGUGUUGUGCCUUUUGUGGCGAUUGCGACUAUUGCUGUUGCUUCCUUGAAGGGUGUCAAGGAGCUCAUGACGGAGAAGGUGGAAGCGACUGUCGAGCGCGAUGUUUCUGACGAAGAGAACAAGAUGGAGAAGGCAUGA